AUCCUAUCCUAGAUCGACCGCAUCCCAAUCUAAAAACGGUGCUUCCUGGUUUUUGUUUUCACUGUUUGAGUUUGACUCCCCCUUUUUCAAACCCCGUUUUUACUUUAUCCUUUGUCUUAUUUCUUCCGACGCGCUUUUUUCUCUCUGGAUAACAGGAUAAGUACCCAACCUACCCUCAAAAAAAAGAAAAGGAAUUUACAGAGGGAGCGAAGGGGUAAGAGAAAUUACCACCGCAACAGUUGAGGUGUGUCCAAAACGAAACAAAACCCCAUCACUGAACUGAGAAAGAGGCUACCAACAGACACCACCUAUUUUAUGCCUUUCUUCUUCUUCUCUCGACAAUGGUGGAUAAACCAAUGAGCAUUCAUCGAACCCGGUUCCCAUUCUCGAUCACCAAGCUCCUCUUCUGGUCGCUUAUCCUACUCAGCUUCAUUGUGCUCUUCUUCUUGGGAUCUCCCCCGUCCUCCGCUUCCCCUUCCCACCGCCGGCGCUCCCUCCGCGGCGGCGACUGGGAGACCUCCGUUCGCGAAUCCGCCAAGUCCAAAUCCCUCCGCGUCCUGGUGACCGGCGCAGCCGGUUUCGUGGGGACACACGUGUCCAUCGCUCUGAAGCGGCGGGGAGACGGCGUGGUCGGAAUCGACAACUUCAACCGCUACUACGAGGCUUCCCUGAAGCGCGCCCGCAGCAACCUCCUCGCACAGCACAAAAUCUUCGUGGUGGAAGGCGACAUCAACGACGGCUCCCUCUUAAAGUCUCUCUUCAAGCUGGGGAAGUUCACUCACGUGAUGCACCUGGCGGCCCAGGCCGGUGUGCGCUACGCCAUGAAGAACCCUAAGUCCUACGUCCACAGCAACAUCGCGGGCCUCGUCAGCGUCCUGGAGGCCUGCAAGAACGCGAACCCGCAGCCGGCGGUUGUGUGGGCCUCAUCCAGCUCCGUCUACGGCCUCAAUUCCAAAGUCCCCUUCUCAGAGAAAGAUCGCACGGACAGGCCCGCCAGCCUCUACGCCGCGAGCAAAAAAGCCGGCGAGGAAAUCGCUCACACUUACAACCACAUCUACGGGCUUUCCAUUACAGGGCUGAGGUUCUUCACAGUCUAUGGGCCCUGGGGUCGGCCCGAUAUGGCUUACUUUUUCUUCACAAAGGAUAUAUUGAAAGGGAAGCAGAUAUCUGUUUUCGAGGGUCCCAAUGGACGAUCAGUUGCGAGGGACUUUACUUACAUUGAUGAUAUUGUGAAGGGAUGUUUGGGGGCGUUGGAUACUGCCAACAGGAGCACUGGGAGUGGGCCGGCCCAGUUGCGGCUCUACAAUCUGGGCAACACUUCUCCCGUGGCGGUGAGUAAGCUGGUGAGGAUAUUGGAGAAGUUGCUCAAGGUUAACGCCAACAAGAAACUCUUGCCAAUGCCGCCCAAUGGGGAUGUUUUUUUCACCCAUGCUGAUAUUAGCUUGGCUAAGAAGGAGCUUGGCUACAACCCCACCAUCGAUUUGGAAACCGGCUUGAGGAAAUUUCUCGAUUGGUAUAUGGACUAUUAUUCUUCCUCUUCCUCUCUGCCCAAGAGGGCUUGUUUGGAGUUUCUAGAUUGUGCUUUCUGGACGGGAAAAAAAAAAGCAACAUAAUCUCCUAGAUGAUAACUAAAGAAAAAGAAAUUGCGGGCUAUAUUAGAAACCGAAAUGUGCAAGGCAACGAUGAAAACAACUAAGGUAGGUUACUAUGACAAGCAAGACACAGGAGGUGAAGUAGAAGCAGCAACUCCAUGAGCAUUGUUGCAGGAUGCAAGAACGUUUGAUCCUGAUGAAGCUGAGGUUAUGUUGACUACAUCCAUGAAGAUAUCAGUGCACCCUGCACCCGCUCCACCUCCACAAUUCAAAUUAAUGGCUGUCUCACCAUCAGAAGUUCCAUUGACAUAACGAUAUGUCACUCCACUUAUUUGAACUUCAGAUGUCUGUGUGAUCAUAUUCCAAAAACACACAUUAAAACUUUGCAAUAGAUAUCUCUCUAUAGAAAAUUAAGUAGGGAAACUGCUAUGCUAAUGACGCAACCAAGUGUAACCUGCUUUCGGUCUUCCUUCUGUUCACUUUCAUAAUCCUGGUCAAUAAUUAUGCGAUUUUUGGUAUUUAUAAGCACGAUAUGCUCGAACGAGAUAUUUCCUGCAUACCCGCAUCCACCCUGUGGGUAGGGAAAAUGGAAUUAAUUCCUUAACUAAUUGUGUAUCUACAGAAAAUAACAUC